AUGGGCUCCGUCGAAAACAACACCGAGGACCGCAAGGCCUCGGUCGUCGGCAACCUCCAAACCACCCAGGAUGUCGAGCAGAUCGAAGCUCCCGUCACCUGGAAGGCCUACCUGAUGUGCGCCUUCGCCUCGUUCGGUGGCAUCUUCUUCGGCUACGACUCCGGUUACAUCAACGGUGUCAACGGCUCGCCCUACUUCAUCCACAAGGUCGAGGGCCUGGACGCCGACUCCCUGUCCGACUCGCACACCUCGCUCAUCACCUCCAUCCUGUCUUGCGGUACCUUCUUCGGUGCCCUCAUCGCCGGUGACCUUGCCGAUCGCAUCGGUCGCAAGUGGACUGUCAUCCUGGGUUGUGCCAUCUACGCCAUCGGUGUUGUCAUUCAGAUGAUUACUGGCGAGGGUGAUGCUCUCGCUGCCAUUGUCGUCGGUCGUCUUAUUGCCGGUGUCGGUGUCGGCUUCGAGUCUGCCAUUGUUAUCCUGUACAUGUCUGAAAUCUGCCCCCGCAAGGUUCGUGGCGCCCUCGUCGCCGGUUACCAAUUCUGCAUCACCAUCGGUCUUCUCCUCGCUUCCGUCGUCGUCUACGCCACCCAGGACCGCAAGGACGCCAGCGCCUACCGCAUCCCCAUCGGCAUCCAGUUCCCCUGGGCCUUCAUCCUCGGCGGUGGUCUCAUGUUCCUCCCCGACUCUCCCCGCUAUUAUGUCAAGCGCGGCCGCAUCGAAGAUGCCAUUGAGGCCCUGUCCCGCGUCCGUGGCCAGCCCAAGGAGUCCAACUUCGUCCAGGUCGAGAUUGCCGAGAUUGUCGCCAACGAGGAGUACGAGCGUGCUCUCAUCCCCGAUACUACCUGGUUCGGCAGCUGGGCCAACUGCUUCAAGGGCAGCCUCUGGGACUCCAAGUCAAACCUUCGACGAACCAUCCUCGGUACCUCCAUGCAGAUGAUGCAGCAAUGGACUGGUGUCAACUUCAUCUUCUACUACUCUACCGUCUUCCUCAAGUCUACUGGCGCCAUUGACAACGCUUUCCUCAUGUCUCUCGUCUUCACCCUCGUCAACGUUCUGUCCACUCCUCUCUCCUUCUGGACCGUUGAGCGCUUCGGUCGCCGUAGCAUCCUCAUCAUUGGUGCCUUUGGCAUGCUCGUCUGCCAGUUCCUCGUUGCCAUCAUUGGUGUCACCAUCGGCUUCAACAAGACCCACGAAGACCCCAACGACUCUACUGCCACCAUUGCCGACAACAUCGCGGCCGUCAACGCCCAGAUUGCCUUCAUCGCCAUCUUCAUCUUCUUCUUCGCCUCCACCUGGGGCCCCGCUGCCUGGAUCGUCAUCGGCGAGAUCUUCCCUCUCCCCAUCCGAUCGCGUGGUGUCGGUCUGUCCACCGCCUCCAACUGGUUGUGGAACACCAUCAUCGCCGUCAUCACCCCCUACAUGGUCGGAACCAACAAGGGCAACAUGAAGUCGUCCGUCUUCUUCGUCUGGGGUGGCCUCUGCACUUGCGCCUUUGUCUACGCCUACUUCCUGGUCCCCGAGACCAAGGGCCUGACUCUGGAGCAGGUCGACAAGAUGAUGGAGGAGACCACUCCCCGCACUUCGGCCAAGUGGAAGCCCACCACCACCUUUGCUGGUACUGCCACUGAGACUGAGUACGUUGAGAAGGGCGAGGCCUAA